UGGCGCGCUUCAGUAAACGUGAGACGCUGGUGACGCACGCACACGACCACCGGCGAACGGCAAUUGAUGAUGAAAUAAGCACCGUUACCGGUUAUCCAGUUUCAGUGUUGAAAAGCUGCCAUUUGCAAGCACUUUUUUCCAUCAUUGGUGCAGCAUUUAGUUUUAGUUUGUGUAUUUUGCAUUGCGUGUGCAACAGUUAGCAGUUUUUUUUAAAAAUAUUUUUAUUGUGCCUAACAAACUAACAAGAAAUGCAAAGCUCGGAUAAUACGCCGGGCAGCUGUGACCGUCUCAGCGUCACCUUUGAGCAAGAUGUGCUGCCCAUCGAUGCUGAGACAUCGACUGAAAUUCCAAUACGCAGCAAAGUGUCAAGUGAAUCACCCGAAACUCCCACGGUUGAUGACAACAACAACAGCAACAAUAAUAAUAAUAGCAGCAACAAUGAGAAUCCUUUUAAUGAGAGCCAAGAUUUUAUUAACACCACACAUCCACCGGUCGUCAGACGCCGCAAGAACACCAGCACACGUCAGACACCAAAUGGCACACGCGAUCGCAGUUUUGUCCAUGCGGCCGGCGAUGCUGUCGUCGGCGGAGCACGCAGUGUGGCGCGCACCAUCAAGCGCAUGUCGCUCAUCGAAUCGAGCAGCAGCAGCAAUAACAACAACAAUAACAGCUCUGCAAGCAGCAGCAUGCGAGAGCGCACUCUGAAGAAGAGUCGCACGCAAGAUGGCGUCGAUCGUCUCAAGGCGAAUGCCAAGCGUAAAGAACACUACAAUUCCACGCCUUCCUUGCCGCAGAGCUACAUCAGCUACAUUGGUCCGCUGCAGUCGAGCGGCAGCGCUCAGGACCUCGCCAGCAGUCCCAGUUCCAGUCCGAAGAGCAGCCAAAGCCAGGGUCAGGUCAAAGGCGGCAACAACACGGCAAAGCAACACGAGCUGCAGCAGGCCUCGUCGGUGGCAGGGAUCUCAACGUCAACAUUAACAUCGGCUACCGCUGCUGUCACCGGAGCAGCAAUAUAUUCAAUAGCGAACGGCGUCGGUUCAGUUGUCGCAACGCCGCCCGAGAAGGAGAAGAAACGCAAGGAGGUGUCCAGUUCGCGCGUGAAGAAAUUCCGUCGCCACUUCUCGCAGGUCUCCAACGAUGAGCACCUCAUCAAUUACUUCUCGUGCGCAUUGGUUGGCGACAUUCCGCUGCAGGGUCAUCUCUAUAUAACGGAUCAGCAUUUUGCUUUCUAUUCCAAUGUCUUUGGCUAUGUGACCAAGGUUGUCCUUCCCACGUCGUCGGUGACAAGGAUCUCGAAGGAGAAAACGGCCAAAAUAAUACCGAAUGCGGUGGGCGUGGCCACAGCCGAUGAGCGUCAUGUCUUUGGCAGCUUCAUCAGUCGAGAGGCGGCGUUCCGCUUGAUGUGCGCAGUUUGCCCCCAUUUGAAUCAUGGUGCAGAGAUACUGCUGCCCAAGCCGCUGGCUGAGGAGUAUCUGAUCGAUGACGAGAGCAGCUGCUCCAUCAGCGGCAACGAGAGUCCGCCCCAGCUCCAUGAUCCAGCAGCAGCAGCAGCAGUCCAUGAGCAGCAGGCAUUGCUGCGACAGCGUGCAGGCAGCGACAGGCAUCCCGAAAUGCAGUCAAAGAGUUUGCUGAAUGAUGAUAUUGAUGGUCCGAUAAAUAUACGCAGCUCUGCGCCACCCGUUGUCCACUACAAGGACUCAAUGCCACACCAUUUAUAUCAGCUUAGUUCACCCGGCGCUGGCAGCAGGCAAAUCUUCACAUCCGCAUUGCCUUCCGUGAUGGGCAGCUCGGGCGCAUCCAGUUCGUCAUCGCCCAUUACUGUUUUGGGCACGGGUGUUUCUGUGGCUGUGCCAACUACUCCAAUUAACACUGGCAACGCUGCAGGAUUAGAUGCUGCCGCUGCUGCUGCUGCUAAUGAAAAUAAUGCUGAGAAUCCACCGCGCUCCCGUUGGAGGAUAAUCGCAGCAUCGGCCCGCACACAUCUACCCAUGGGUGGACCGGCGCUGACGGAGCUGCAGGUACUCUAUUUGGGCAUCACAUUGGCCGUUAUGCUGGCCCUAUUCUCUGUCUUCUUGCUCUAUCGCGUCCUCGACAUUGAGGCCAAGUCCAGCCUCUACAAUAUGCCAGUCGAUUUCAACUCGCGAGGAGGUGUCGAUGACGACAUCUUUGCGGAGGCGCUGCACUGGCAGAAGAAGCUGCAGGAGAAAACCACAGCUGAAGCUCAAUAUAUUUUAGCCAAGAAUCUGGAACAAAUAUCCAAGGUGCGUCGCAGUUUGGAGACGCUCUCGAUGCUGAUCCAUGACAGGAGUACUGGUUACGCCGAGUCUCUGCCAGAUAUGAACUCAAUGCCCAAGGAUGCGGUUUUCGCCAGCGAUGCUAGUGACUGAUUUAGAUUUUUAUUAAACCCCCUGCUACCCAUCACACUAUCUCUCUCUCCUUUUUUUUACUUAACUUAAGCUUAAGUCGGAUCAGAAAAUCGGAAAAACAAAAUGCAAUUGAAAGAAAGCAAAAAGCCCAAAGUAAACAAUUUCAUAUAGUCAUAUAGUCCAUAUACCAUCUAUCUAGAUAUCUAUUCGCAUUAAUAAUCAUCAUAAUUAUAAAUGAGAUCAUAAAUAACUGAAAACGAUUUCACACUUGAAGGCGUCGUGAAUUAUUAUUAUUAUUUUUUUUAUAAUAGACUUAAGCUUAAUUAAAUAUGCAUCAAGUCGUAAAUUGAAUUGUAAUCAAUUUAAAUGUAUAACUAUUUGCCCAUAGGGGAUAUGAUAUGAGUGUAGUAUAAAUGUAUGUAUAAUCUAUACCUGCUUUUGCUCCCAAAGGAUAAAAUAGUAUGCGAAAACUCUUUGUUUUUAGGUUUCAUGAAAUAAUUGAAAUAUAAAUGAAAGUGAUUAUGUGAACAUCAUAACUAACUAGGCCAAGUAAACCUCAUUAUGUAUGAUUUUUUCUAAUGGUUUUUUUCUUUCUUUGUUCAUACAUAAAUUAAAAUGUGCAACAACAAAAUUACUAUUUCAAAUUAUUAUAAAUUAAUCCUGUGAUAUGCAUAUUUAAGUUGUUUUUUUUUAUUUUUUAAUAUACAUAUAUUUUUUUUGCUAUUCUAAGUUCCCAAAAUUAUAUCGAUUAGAAACAUUUAAUACAUAUAUCUAAUUAAUUUGUAUUUGGAUAUCGGACGAAUUUCUUUAUUUUUAGUUUGCAUGUUGAAACAUGAUAAAUAAAUCAAGAACUGCAAAUAUCGUAAUUAUAAAAUUCUAAAUGUUAAUUACAUUCAUGCAAAGCAAAUAUCCCAUAAAUAUAGACAACUACAUGAACUAUAUAUGCGCUAUAUAUCUUUAUAUAUUUGCAUAAUA